UGAAAACCAAAAUUUCUACCUAAGGGGUCUAGCUAGGGUUUUGGCGAUGGCGACGCCCGCGGCGCUGUGGUGGGAGUCUCACAGGGAUCUGUUCGAGGAUCUCGAGGAUUUCGCCGCCGCGGAGGACGCCCAGGACGAUGGCGAUGCCACUCAACCCCGUCAGCGCAAGCGCAUCGAACUGGAGGAGAGGCUGCUGGAGCACCAAAACUGGCUGAUCGACAUGCUUCUCGCUUUCAAACGUCCAAAUGCCGCCUCCAACCAAGCCUUGAAGGGAUCCAAGAUCACUGUCGGUUCGCAUUCUUUGGAUGUCAAGCCUGAGCUACAGGGCACAGCUCUUGGGAUCAGCAAGCAUCUGGACCUGGAUGAGAUUCAAAGCUAUAUUCUUCUCUCGAGGCAUAUGGAAAAUAACCCGUCGGUGCCUUGCGACGAUCCAUUACUGCCACAAAGCGUUGCCAUAACUUACUUUCUGGAAAGACAAUGCUUACUCAAAUGCACCCGCCUUCUUCUCACAAUGCAAUGCAUGUCUAGGAAGGUCCAGGAUCUCAUUGACAAGGAUCUGGGCAAACGGGCGCUUGAAAACCUGAACCACGUAGUCACUUCUACACGGCCUGAGCAAUGGGAUUCCAAAUUUUCGGACGCGUGGGCCGAUGAAAUAGUUUCAGAAGAGUCUUUGCUUAUGGACAUAUUAUUUAUGACCUUUUCGGACUCCCGCUGCAGCGUCCAGACAUGGAAAGAUCUGUUUGUUUCUUUUCAGUUCGUAUUCGAAGCACGGUACAGCGAGAGGCUAGCAGUUACAUCGGAGGCAGAAAAGACACUUGCCCACGUAAGAAGUCAAGCUUUAUUGAUCCUUAUAGAGGUGCUGGAUCUACGAUUAGUUCUCACUUUGGUGCAUGGAGAAAUAUCAUUCAGCCAAGGAGGGCAUGGCUUUUCAGCUGACGAGUUACAAGAACUGGAUGUUGUUUUAUCUGGCCUUGACCUCACCGUGACUACCGAGUAUGCACCCCUUUUGCUCGCAUGGGCAACUUUUAUCUGUUUGGUAUCGUCACUUCCCGAUCAGGCUAUGGUUCUGGACAUAGAACACGCCGUUUACGCCCAGCAGGCCUUCAAGUACGGGGCUUAUGCCUUUCUUUUGAAAUUCAUGCGCUCGGAGCAACUGAAAGAUUCUGACGUGAGUUUCAUAUACAAUGGAUCUGUCAAAACGCUGAGUGCCGCAUGCAUAGCUGCUUAUGAUUUUUGCCAGGCUGACAUAACUUCUCAAAACGAGCUUAUUGAGCUUCUUUGUGAAACGUAUGACGGACAGGAGUGGUUGUGCACCGCUUUCUGGGACAAGGAAGUUGCCGUGGACGGACCAAUACGAAGCUUUCUGUAUUCACUCCGAGAUAAUUUUCCACAGGAAAUAGACCCCCUAUUGCGUCUAUUGUCGUGCUUGUGUGAAGGGCGUUGGUCUGCGGAGUGCGUGUACAAUUUUUUGUGCCAGACAAUACCCGUUAUUUGUCUAUACCGCCCAAACCAAGAGGAAGAAAGUUUUGGUUCUGUUAUACAUAUUUCCAGCGCCGUUCAGAUUCCUAAUUGCUCGGGUCUAUAUAUCCCAGCGGGUGCUGUUGGACGUGUUUUGAAGCGGUAUAAUGAUGGAGUAGCUCUUGUGCGCUGGGAGUGCGAGCACAGUGCCCUGGUAACUAUUCUGUCUUGCUUGGCUCAGUGGCCGCAAGAGAGCGUUGAAGGAAUACUCUCUGUUGUUUCUCUCUUGAACAAAAUGUUAUCAUCAAAUAAGGAUAUCUCAUUGCAUUUGGUUAGCAUUGACAAGUCAGUAGCUGCAACAACUGCUCGCGCUGAUGGCAAGAUGGACAGGAGCUUAAGGAUCGACGUCAUUAGCCUUGUGUGCUCUGUUAUCAAGAACCUUGUUUCUGGCUGUCCUGGAGAGCUGAAAGCAAUUGCUGAGAGCGUCAGCCUGCUUCAAAAACUCGCAAACAGCUUCCCUGGACAAGUUAUGGCGGGAGUAGAAAAAACCGGUUUAAUUCAGUCCUCGGACAAAAGUAUUGUGUCUGGAGAGUAUCUCUAUUGCAAGCUUUCAAAGCUGGAACAGAGUAGCGGUCGAUACUGUUUAACACUGGCUGUCUUGGAUGCUGCAAUCUUGCUGCUCGAGAAAGGAGUUCGGACCGAUUCCUUAUCUGGCUUCGUGAUUCACUCCAUGCAUAGUAUUCUCGUAAAUUAUUCCAAUUGGAAGUUCAAAGAAAGGCACGAGCGAUGGUGCAUGUCUGCCAAGAUUUAUCAAAUGCUCGAUUUGGCAACGAGAGGAACUUUCUGGCACGAGGAUAAGCUCAGAAGCGCCGUAUUGGAGGAAAUUCUAAACGAUACUGUCAUUCAUAGUUUGUUGUUUCAAAUUUUGACUGUUAGUGCGCAUAAGCUAGAGGAGCUGUAUACAUAUCGUCUCGUUCCUGUAAAGGAGGUUGACACUCUGCUGCAAGCAAUUUGUGCCGCACUGUGUCUCAUUAAUACGAUACUUGAACAUCACACGGAUGCAUUUGCCGUUUCUCCUCUAUGCCAGUUCCUUUUCCACAAAUCUGCUUCUUCGACUUCAGUUAUUACAAUUAUCACGUCAUACUUUGGAUUUCAACGGUGCACUAGGCUGCAAAUUUUGAGUGCGCGUAUCUUGGGGAAGCUUUGUGAGAUAUGCCAAAAGGCAAAGCCCCAAGCUGUGAACCUUGCGAGCUAUAUCUCCGGUGUGGAUUCGAAGAGACAUAUGCGUGAUUUUAUAGAGAGAAUUCUCUCAGAAAGUUCUGCGUUUGAAAGUCCUGCUCUUUUCGAUUCCAUUUUAAGCUUUGUUACUAGCGCUAUCUCGUGGCAGCCUGGUAUGCUGGAAUUGCUAAUUUCCCCUUGGAUCGAGUCAGAGGCCGAAGCUGAAAAGGAUGGAAAUGUUGAAAAGAGUUCUGAAGUUUUGAAUGCCAUUUGGAAUCUUCUGACAGUUCCUACGUCUUUCUCCAGACGGUACUUGGAAGUAUUUUCUCGUCUCCUGUCCUUGCUGCUCUCAAUAUGGCAAGGUGGUAGCGAAUGCCUCACUGGGAUCACAGUGCUGAGGAAUAAGAAAUCCUUUUGGGAGACGCUGUCCAAUCGAGCUGUUGAGCUUCUAGAUCCCGACAUCUCAUCCCAGGAAGAAUACGUUAUUCGUGCUCUGUGCCGUCGUUGUCAGGCGUCAAUCUUUCAGAUAAUGAUCUACGAUAUGUUUAUUCAGUCCGUGUCAAGAACGGCUGAGUCAAAGACAAACGAUCUGAAGCGAAGAUCGAAUGUUGUAUUAUCUGACUGGAUUUCGUCAACUCAGCUUCGCGAGAUUCUAUCUUCCUACGUAGACUAUGAUCACUCAGAGGAAUUCGUACUUCAAACAAAGCGGGAAGCGAAGUGCUUUGUUAUCGGUUUGCUGGUUAAGCUUUUGUCAGGUGACAACAAGGGGAUGGAUGUUUCAUUUACCAAAUGUCUUCUUCAGCGCUCCUCUCAGAUACUGUCGCAUCCGUCUUUCAAGGAGCUCGUGAAUCAAUACAGUUCUCGUGGUUAUAGUUAUUCGGGAAGCAUCGAACUGCUGGUUAUGAGCGACCUGUAUUAUAACCUUCAAGGAGAUUUGCAUGGUAGAACUAUCUCUAAUCGCCAUUUCCAAGACAUCUCGAACUUUCUGGCGGAUAUAGAACUGGAUACGGCUUUGAUUCCUCCUACGUCGUCUCCUACACUUCAUGAAGAUUUCCGCCAUUAUGACGUCAACUUACUCAGAUGUGCGUUAGGAUUGGAGUUUUGGGAUCGAGAUGGCGAUGUAUUGACCACCAAGGUUGCAGAAAACGUGCUCUACAGUCUUGAAAAAGCCAAUGACAUCAUCCACAACGGAGCCGCUCACAUUUCGGCAGUGACUAGCCUUGUGGACGUUGUCAAGAUUUCUGGUGCGGAGAAGAAGAGUCAAGUCUGGACUUGCGACACUCUCAAAAGUUUAGUGGAACGAGUCUGUGUCCGACUUGAGAGGACCGUUACAUCUGCAGAGAUGGAUCGAGCAAUCUAUGUGCCGAAGUUCGUAGCAUGUCAAUCAAAGCUUCUCGAGGCAAUGAUGUGGCAGAUAUUGAUUUCGCCAGAAACCAAUGCUGAAGAGCACAAGCUACGUGGAAUUUGUGCGACCGCUAUCACCACAUCUCUGAGCUGCAUCAAGUCUAUAUUGGACUCUCAACGUGCCAAGGACGUGACUCUCAAGGAUCUCUUUGGGUGCCUGCUGGUGGCGCUUGAAGUUAUGUCCGCAAAGGUGGAACUUACAGGCGAGGCUGACUUCGGUGCCGAAACCUUGAGCUUUCUUCCAAUGCUGUGCGGCAUGGUUGAGAACAAGGACUACAGGUGCUUGGCCUUGGCUGCUAUGAACAUGGUCAUCAGGUUCUGUCUGGUUCCAUCAACGUGGAUUCCUAUCUUACAGGCUCAUUUUCCGACCAAGUCCCUCGUGUCGUCCAUGGCACUAGGAGGCGAUGACAACACCCGUGCCACUGUUAUGAGCUUCUGUCUCUACCUAUCCUGCUUCAAGAGUGGAGCGGAGAUGCUUUUCACUGCGGGCUUCUUGCACUCUAUAUCAUUGGUUAGUCACCGUGGGGAGGAAGACUAUGGAGGAGGACCGUUUUCCAUAUCAAUGACCGAGACGUCCUCACAGCAAGCAGUGUGGGCGUUGGGUGUGGCCGCAGUGGCUUCUUUGCUGCGUGCUCUGGGGGACAACGACGCAUACCGGGGAACUGUACUGGACAGCACCAUCUCCUACUUCAAAGCUGAGAGGCAUAAAAUCCUCUUGGCGUUAUGCUCUCCCAACGUCUGCGUGGAUUCAGAAGGCAGAAAGGUGGCAAGAUAUCAUCGUGCUCAAACGAGCUCCUCGGCGCUUCAAGAGGCCCAGUACGUGACGGCUUUUCUGUGCGAGAUUAUCCGUCAUCCUAUUGCUGCCGUUUACACCGUCCGAGACGAGCUCGUCGACUUCCGCGAGAUGGCUGUGCAUCUGCUGGCCUAUGUUGCACGCGAAGGAUUAGUUCGGUCGGCCACUGGCGAAGGAGUAUCGUGUCCUCCUCUUCAAAGGCAGGAGACGGUCGCUCUUGCAAAGGCUGCCACCUUGGGUGGCACUUCAGCGUGGUUUCUUCUUACCGCCAGGGGCUCUCACAGGAAGCCGCAUUCUGCGACCGGGAACGAGCUUGAUUCUACGUCGGGCUCUGAGUACUCGGAGUCGAUCGCGAUUCAGGUGUACAGGCUUGCCAACCUCCUGCUCCGCUUCCUCGUCAUCCAAGCCCGGCAAGCAUUGCAGGACAUGGAAGAAGGCCGGUCAUCGGCUACGAAAGGCCGCUUUCCAGAGCUGCCGGCUCCCGAGAUACUCCACGCAUUGCAGGAUCAAGUUAUGCUAGUCGCGUCCGAAAUCGCUACCAGCAAGGCAGGAUCUUCACUUUCGAAGGAAGCUGGGGAUACGUGCUGCAUGCUGCUGAGUAUCCUGGAGAAGUCCUUGUAUCUGGAGGCGUGCAUUUUUCGGGUGUGUGGCGUCACACCAGUCUCGCUGAGAGCAGACGAUUUUGCGAGAGAUUUCAAGGCACUACUGCGAGUCACCGCCGGGCAUGCGAGCUUGGAGCUAUCGCUAGCGGGCGUGAGAGAGAUUGCCUCCACUGUUUAUCCCGGCUUAUAAGUGUGGCUUUGUGGUAUGGGCCUUUAAGCCCAAGGGAGAGGAUUUUGAUUUGAGGGCCUGGUAGACAAGUUGCAAGGGAUCUCUUCCAGCCUCUCCGGAAGAAAUGAGAGUAGCAAAAGGUUUAUGAAACUUUGGCUACGUAAAAGUUAUGCAUCUUGAGAAACGUCUUUGGGGGAGCGCUGCUCAAUCUUUGAUGCAAGCUCGAUCGAUCGCUUUUGGAUUUGGGUCCAAAAGAAACUAGAAGAGACUCGUUCGUCAGAAGAUCAAGGUCCUGUCAGAAGAUCAAGAAGAAUUUCUUGCAAAUAUCUUCUUUCUACGCGCUUGUAACGAUCUUUAUCAAGGCUCUGUUAUUUUUCUA